AUGUCACGCUCAUCUAGGCGAGAUUAUUCACUACAGGAAAUCAAGAAACAUGAUCAGCCAAAUGAUAUAUGGAUGGUGCUAUACAAUAAAGUGUACGAUGUCACUGAUUUUUGUAAAUACCAUCUAGGUGGAAUAGAAGUGUUGUAUGAUUGUGGUGGUGCUGAUGCAACACAAGCAUUUGAAGAUGUGGGACAUUCUGAUUUUGCUAUGGAAAUGUUGCAACCGUAUUUGAUUGGCCAAGUAGUGCCUGAUGAGCAACGCAAGUAUCAUAAACCACCGGUAGGUGAGUCUGUUGAUGACUCUGAUGUCAUUGAGUCUAUUAAAUUUGAUGAGUUGGAGAGUGAGAAACUAAAUGAGUUUAUUAUAAGAAGAGUUAAAGAAUCGACUAAUUUGUUGGUGUUGAGUUUUGUCGCAUUAUCGUCAUUCAUCUUGCUUGUAUUGAUACAUGUCAACAAGUAA